ACUUCAGCGACGGGGUCGCCGUUCAAGCCCACACCCUGCUUAUGGACCACGAGGCGCCCUACGAUAUCAGCAAUCAACACUGUCGCAAAUGCAAGGAAACCGUCUUCAUGAAGUGGUCUGAAAAACACAAGUGUUGCCUCGCAAAGUCCGCCUACCUGCGCUUAGUCAGUUCCAAUGUCUCCCUCGCGGGUGGUCCACCCUAUCGGUGCCUCUUCUGUCGUAGUCGACCUUUCAGUUCACGCAGCGAAUUAACCGUCCACCUGUUGGCCUAUCACCGGCCUCAGAGGCAACCGGGUGUCUGUGGGUUGUGCAGCUUCACCUUCCAGGAACCACCCCCACAACCCCCGCCUGCAAUCGCAACGCCACCAGCCAAUGCGGAUGAGGCCACCCUGCGAGAGCACGAACUUAACCUCAAAAAAGCCAUGGGAGAACAAAUGUGUAAAUUUGAAUCCGCGGAAGUGGCACCCGGUCUGCUGGAGCUGGAUGCACACUGUGCCAAGACACAUGUUCCCGCCUACCAGCUGCUGCUACGACAGAAACUCCAGACAGAAUUCCAGCUGAGAGAACCCUUCGCUUGCGUUAUGUGUGGUCAGAUCUUUCACAGCAACGUGGAGUACCACGGACACAUUCUCUGCCGCCACGGCACAGAUGAACCAGAGGCCAUAGCUGAACUGGCAAAUCUGUGGACUAGCCAGGAACUACUGAUGGAUGCAACCGACACCAAUCAGGUGUGCACCACCUGUUGGGAGGUGCUGCCCAAUCCGAUGCAACUUCAGGCCCACGUGCUGAACCACGCACGCGUUCUACAUGCACAGGCUCUGGACUUUAAGAAGACCUUUGAACCGAUACCUGAACCCCUCAACGAGGACUUCUCCAUGGAGGCAAUUGCAGCUGCGCAAGCGGCAGAGGCAGCCGCAAAGACUGAUACCUCCAAGUCCGGCUCGAAGAGCAAGUCCGCAUCGAAAGGGAAGAAGAAAUAA